CUUUUGAAGCUUUUAUGAUAUUAAAUUUAUAAGACUAGAAUAAAGCCCGGUCCGAUUCAAACCCCUACGACAUCGAUACAACGGCUAGCGAGGUAAUAGGAGAGGUGAUAAGCUUACGGGCUCUUCUCUCUGCCGCUGAAGAUGCCGCCUCGAAUCAAUUGCUCGACGCGGAGUAGUAUUAGUCAGGCACUCCAAAGAACGACGACCGCGACGACUGGAAGUUCUCAAAGACCAGCAGCUAUAUUAUCUCAGACCUCAAAGACUCCCUCGAGAUAUUAUGCUAGCGCAUCAUCCGUACCACUUGCGGCACUAAGACUACCCGACAACUAUGUCCCGCCAACACAGCCACCAAGCGCACGACCACCCGAUACACGGAAAUCCCAGCUCCUCAGAACAUACACAGCACUGCUGCGCUCGACACCUCUAGUCUUGUUCUUCCAGCAUAACAACCUUACUUUCGUGGAAUGGUCUGCAGUCAGACGAGAACUGCAAGCUGCCCUUAGUAAGGCGCCCGCACCAGCUGUCGGGCCUGACGGCGGAGUACCCGUGGAUAUUUCGGAAAGCAUCCAUCUACAAGUCAUACGGACGCGCAUCUUCGCCACCGCCCUCAAGAUCGUCGAAUUCUACCACGCCGAAAAACACUUAGAUACAUCUAAUGCCUAUACACAUGAUUUAUCUACAAUGGCCUACGAGACCAUUUCCCAGGCCCCAAUUAACGAGAACUCGGCGUACGGCCAGAUCAGCCCUCUGUUGAUCGGGCCCGUUGCUGCCCUGACCUUUCCAGCAGUAUCACCGGCGCAUCUCGCUGCCGCACUCUCGAUCCUUGCGCCCUCUGCCACGGCAUUCCCUGCGCCGAUGCGCAAGAAGAAUCCUGGGUACUACGAGCCCAUAGCACAGAGCGGGUUGCAGAAGCUGAUCCUCGUGGGUGGGAGAGUCGAAGGCAGGGUGUUUGAUAAUGACGGAAUUAGAUGGGUUGGUGGUAUUGAAGGUGGUAUGGGCGGCCUGAGGGCGCAGCUCGUGUCCAUGCUGCAGAGCGCUGGUCUGGGUCUUACGACAGCGUUGGAGGGACAUAGCAAGAGUUUGUGGCUCACGCUGGAGGGUAGGAGGACACAGCUUGAAGAGGAAAGCGGUGGGGUUAAGAAAGAGGAAGAGGCAGAGAAGAGCCCAUAGAGUGUAUGAUACGCGUCAUGUUUGUAUAUCAUGUCGGACAUAUAUAAAAUAAAAAAACCAGCGUAUGUGGUAAAUCCAUUCUUCUAACCAAAAAA